AUGGCAAAUGGUAGACUAAUAACCAUUAAUAACAGAUUAAUAAUUAUUUUUGUCUAUUCCAGGACUUACUUGGUUCUGAUGCCAGUGCUCUGCUUCUUGAUCCCUGCUUGGAUCCCCAUCCACUUCUGGGGUGAGACUCCGUGGAGCUCGUGGUACGUCGCAGCCAUCUUGAGAUACACCAUCUCUCUCCACUUCACCUGGCUGGUCAACUCCGCUGCACACAUUUGGGGAAACAGACCUUAUGACAAGAACAUUGGCGCCACCGACAACGUGACGGUGGCCAUCUGCGCGUUCGGCGAGGGCUGGCACAACUACCACCACGUGUUCCCGUGGGACUACAAGGCGGCUGAGCUGGGAAACUAUAGCACCAACAUGUCGACAUCCUUGAUUGAUCUUGCAGCGAAGUUUGGCUGGGCUUACGACCUCAAGACAGUCUCAGUGGAUAUGAUCAAGAAACGUGCUGCAAGGACCGGAGACGGCUCCCACCCGUCCUGCCAAGAAGCUCCAAAGGUCAUAGAUGAUGAUGACCAUGACCAUGACCAUGAUCACUCUCACGAGAACGCAGUCUGGGGCUGGGAGGACAAGGAUAUGCCAGAAGAAGAUAAACAGCUAGCAGAAAUCAGUCAUAGAAAGAUAGAAUAGCAUAGCUUUAGGUUUAUAAUUUGUACAAAUGUGUGUGGAGUCAUUUGCAUUUAAAAGUUUCCUGUUGUAAUUUGAAUGUGGAUCAAAAUUUAAGAUUUUGAAAGACAAAAGAACUACUCAAAUUAUUUAAUUCAAAUUAAAAUGGGAUCUGAUAUUGGAUAUUGAUAAACUAAAGGCAUAAGACUUAAAAACUAUUUUAAAUGUGCCUUAAUUUAUAUGCCAAAACUCAUUAACCUAGUUAGAGGUCACAUAAAUGGCGAACUGACUCAAAACAUUUUCCUCUUUUCUGCAGUCGGAAAAUAAUCAAUAUUUUGACAGCGGAGUAGAAAGUGAUUUUAAUCGAUAACAUUGCAUAUAUACCACGUCAUUGUACCUAAUUUGGAAUGUAACAAACCAGCCACUAAAAUAAAAAGUCCUGUCCUGUUACAAACGGGAGGCACGUUAUUAUUGCCUCUUUUUCUGUUAUAUAGCCAAAAGCA